UGCUGUGUCUCUGAAACAACAACACAAGCAAGCAAAGAAAACUCCAAAACCAUAAACCACUUUCUCCUUCAAACUCCCACUUGAUCUGAUUCCAUUUUUUUUUUCUUCCAUUCGAAGCCAUACCAAUUUACCAAACCAAAUCUAACUUUCUAUUUUAAGUCUACACUCGCCCGCACGGGAACGCACCUCUGUGGUUCUUCCCAUGGCGGACACCGACGGUGAUGGCAAUGGCGUCUUCUAUCUUCACGGUGACCUUGACUUGAAAAUCAUCGAGGCUCGCAGGUUGCCUAACAUGGACCUCGUCUCCGAGCGUUUCCGCCGUUGCAUCACCGCCUGCGACACUAUCAAAUUCCACUCCUCCGACACCGAACCUUCCGCCUCCACGGACAGGAGCGGCCGCCGAACCCACCACCGCAGAAAGAUUAUCACCAGCGACCCGUACGUCACCGUUUCGGUGCCGCAGUCAACCGUGGCACGCACGCGCGUGCUCAAGAAUGCGCAGAACCCUCGCUGGGACGAGCGCUUCAAUAUCCCCCUGGCGCACCCGGUCGAUGAUUUGGAAUUCCGCGUCAAAGACGACGACAUUUUCGGUGCCCAGACAAUUGGCACUGUUAAGAUUCCGGCACAGGAUAUUGCCGCUGGCAAGAUGAUUUCCGGCUGGUUCCCGGUAAUUGGCCCCUCCGGUAAGCCGCCAAAGCCGGAAACCGCGCUACACAUUGAGAUGUUGUUCACAUCGGUGAACGAUAACCCGCUUUACCGGCUAGGCAUUGCGGCGGAUCCCGAACACAGGGGCGUGAGACACACGUAUUUUCCGUUGAGGAAGGGAAGCUCGGUGAGGUUGUACCAAGAUGCACAUUGUCACGAUGAGACAGUACCGGAGAUUCAGCUCGAUGGUGGAAAAGUUUAUAGGCAGGAAAAGUGCUGGGAAGAUAUCUGUUAUGCUAUAUCUGAGGCUCAUCACAUGGUGUAUCUCGUGGGUUGGUCAAUUUAUCACAAGGUGAAGCUUGUUAGGGAGCCAACUAAGCCUUUGCCAAGAGGUGGAGAUUUGACGCUUGGUGAGUUGCUUAAGUACAAGUCUGAAGAAGGGGUGAGAGUUUUGUUGCUUGUUUGGGAUGAUAAGACUUCACACGAUAAGUUCUUCUUCAAGACGGCCGGUGUGAUGCAGACUCAUGAUGAGGAAACGAGGAAGUUUUUUAAACAUUCUUCUGUUAUGUGUGUUCUAGCACCUCGCUACGCUAGCAGCAAGUUGAGCUUCUUGAAGCAACAGGCCAGUAUUGUUAUCACUGUUGUUGGAAACGUCUUCACACACCACCAAAAAUGUGUUAUUGUGGAUACACAGGCUGCUGGAAAUGACCGAAAGAUAACUGCUUUUAUAGGAGGUCUUGAUCUAUGCGAUGGUCGCUAUGACACACCUAAGCAUCGACUUUUUCAUGAUCUUGACACUGUAUUUUCUGGUGAUUUCCACAAUCCUACUUUUCCUUCUGGAACAAGGGCUCCUAGACAACCGUGGCAUGAUCUGCACUGCAGAAUAGAUGGACCUGCAGCAUAUGAUGUUCUUUUGAAUUUUGAGCAGCGAUGGAGAAAAGCAACUAGGUGGAAAGAGUUUACAAUUCUUUUCAAAAAAUCUUCUCAGUGGCAUGAUGAUUCUUUAUUAAAAAUCGAACGCAUCUCAUGGAUAUUAAGUCCUUCCCAUCCUACCUCAAAGGCUAAAAAUACAAAUGUGCCAGGGGAUGACCCUUUAGUAUGGGUUUCUAAUGAAGAUGAUCCUGAAAACUGGCAUGUUCAGAUCUUUCGCUCCAUUGACUCAGGAUCCCUGAAAGGAUUUCCCAAAAAUGUUGAUGUAGCUUUGUCUAAGAAUCUUAUUUGUUCUAAAAAUUUGGUAAUAGACAAAAGCAUUCAAACAGGAUACAUUCAAGCGAUCAGAUCUGCUCAGCACUUCAUUUAUAUUGAAAACCAAUACUUUAUCGGAUCAUCAUAUGCAUGGCCGUCUUAUAAAGAUGCAGGGGCUGAUAAUCUCAUCCCAAUGGAAUUGGCGCUGAAAAUUGCUAAUAAAAUCAGAGCUAAGGAAAGAUUUGCUGUUUAUGUUGUUUUACCAAUGUGGCCAGAAGGUGAUCCUAAAUCUGGGGCUAUGCAAGAAAUCCUCUUUUGGCAGGGCCAGACAAUGCAAAUGAUGUAUGAUGUUGUUGCUAGAGAAUUGAAAUCAAUGCAAAUUACCGACGUGCACCCACAAGAUUACCUCAACUUCUAUUGCCUUGGUAAUCGGGAAGACUUUGAUGAAGAAACCUCAAGCUCCAAUGGUGCACAGGUCUCUGGAGCAUAUAAAUAUCGCCGAUUUAUGAUUUAUGUGCAUGCCAAGGGGAUGAUCGUUGAUGAUGAGUAUGUUAUAAUUGGAUCUGCUAAUAUAAACCAAAGAUCUAUGGCUGGUACUAAAGAUACCGAGAUAGCUAUGGGUGCAUAUCAACCCCAUCACACAUGGUCUGCGAAGAAAAGACACCCACGUGGCCAGAUUUAUGGUUACAGAAUGUCACUUUGGAGAGAGCAUCUUGGCAUGUUAGAUGAAACUUUUGAGGAACCAGGGAGAUUGGAGUGUGUGCGUAAAGUGAAUGCAAUUGCAGACAAUAAUUGGAGACUAUACACUUCCGAAGAUUUCUCACUGCUGCAGGGACAUAUUCUUAAGUAUCCUAUACAGGUAGAUUCCGAUGGGAAGGUUAGCUCCCUACCUGAAUGUGAGAAUUUCCCAGAUGCUGGCGGUAAGAUAUUGGGGAGUCAGUCCACAGCAAUUCCAGAUAUCCUAACAACAUAGUCUCUUUAAAGAAUUCAUGUUGAUUGAGGAUUUGUCAAGAUUGUGAUGUGUUGUUGCCUUUGUGUCUCCUCCUGGGAAAGAGGAUAGAAAAAAGAAGUUUGAGUGAAGUGUUUAGUUUUCUGUACCUAAAAUUGAUUGUUCAAACCACUUGUAAAUCUUUUACAGUGUGAAUUCAUAUUUUGA